CAUAGACCUUGGCAUUGACCUUCUAUUUGAGAGUGUUGAGCCUUUAUAGGUACUCAGUUUUAACAUCUAAUGGCGGACGAUCAAUACCGUGUUCGAGUAGAGGAUGUUGAAUCUAAUGAUGAUGAUUCAUCUAAUGAUGGGGACCAGCUGUAUGAUGUGAACAAGGAACCUGUUAUAGGUGAGCCAGAAGAUCAGGCGCAAGAUGUAUUGGAGAGAAUGAUAGAUGAGUUUGAAAUUGCGGCUGAGCAAGCGCCUCCAAUCGAUAAUGCCAUUAUGGAGUCGUUUCGGGAGGAUCAAAGUGGAGGGGGGGUGCAGGCACCAGCGAAGAAAAAGAUGAGGGGUCCGACGACAGUUUUCAAGAAACCUGUCGGUCCUAUGGUCUUGGAGUAUGACAGGGUAGGCCAACCCUCAGGUAAAUGGCAACGUCAGUAUGCUGGUCAAGUUGGGAUUUGUGCGCGCAAAAUCCCCAUUACGCUUCGUAUGAGCGACGUACCUACAGGCUUGAUUGACACGUUUUGGAAUGAUACCAGAGAAAUGAGGGAGCAGAAUUCCAAGAAUGCAUUGCAAAAGCAAUACCACCAUCAUAUGAGAGCAAUGACGUAUGAUGAAUGGAGGGAUACAUGGGUGAGUGAAGGAGUAUACCCCUCUGCUCUUCUAGGGUCCUCCACAGCGCCAUCUGACUCCACGACCAGUACUUUGCUUGAGUACACUGGAGAGCUUGUUGAAGGAAAGCUCGUCCCGACGGUAGAGAAGGACCCCUUCACCUUGGCUAUGGAAAGCCCUACCAUCCGGGACGGGUAUUAG